AUGUUUGGACGACUUUUAACUAGAAAUCAACAUAUCAUCAUUAACAACAACAAUUGUUUUAUUGAAAAUAUAAAAAGAAGUAGUAGUUGUUGUCUUUUCAACAGUAGUAGUGGUAGUAGUGGUAGUCACAACAACAUCAACAAUAAUAACAUCCAAAAAAGAUAUUACUUUAAAUAUAAUAAUAAUAGUAAUAGACAUCAAAGUAUGACAUUAGAUAGAAAUAUCAGUAAUAAGACAUUGGUAAUUGAUGACAAUGUCAAUAUAUUGGAUGAUAAAGACAUUGCUCACUACAAGGAGUUUGGUUACGUUGUAAAGCGUAACCUGUUUGGCAAUGACGCAGAUCAGUCGUUGAUGACCGAACAUCAAAUGGAGAUCAGACGAUACUUGGCCAAGCAGGCUGGCAUCCACUUUGAUGAAUCGCUAAAGAUAGGAUCGUUCGAAGAGUCACAGCUACUGAAACUCCAAGAGGACAAGAUGUCAAAGGUAUCCACCGGGUUCGGUGGAAUGGUGAACUUCUACCACGGCCAAGCAAUGUACAAAAUCAGAGAGCAUCCAUCGCUCUACAAGUCGUUCGAGCAGCUCUACGAUGCCACCUACUCGCACUCUGACGCCAACUCCAAACAGUGGCCAAACGACUAUCAACAUUUCGAUCCGAAACAUAUUUCAAGCAAUGAAACUAAGGAGAACAAUGAUGAUAGUAGUAAUGGCAACGAAGCUGAACAACUACUACUUAGGAACCAACCGACCGUUCAGAAAGGAACUGGUACUCAUCUCGAUUGUAAUCCUUUCCAUUUGUUCAGAGGCGAACGUAUCUCGAAGGAGAGUAACACUGUGGAGUUGAUCCCUCUGCGCUUCUGGCAGCCGAUCCAAGCGUUCGUGGCGCUGAGCGAUACGGUCGAGCCUGGAAACGGUGGAUUCUGUGAGACCGAUCCCGAGCUGGUGAAGCAGCUGCAACACAUCCCGAUGCAAAGAGGCGAUGUCAUUUUCUGGGACUGGCGAAUUCCGCAUUGCAACGACGAGGUGCACUCUGGCACCGCCGUAAGAGAGGUGGUGUACUCUGCACAUCUUCCAGCGGUGCCACUCAACGACCGAUACGCACUGGAACAGCUGAACUGGUAUCACAAAGGUGUACAUCCAACUUACACCUCCAAACAAUUUGCUACUCUAGAAUCCAUCGAUUAUCAACUACCGACACUCACACCACUCGGUAAACAACUUAUGAACAUUGAUAAAUGGUCAUUGGAUUUACAACAACAACAACAACAACCAUCCUCUUCAACAUCAAUUGAAAAUAAAACACAAACACAAAUUGACCAUCUCUGUAUUGGCCCACAUUCUGCAGAUUUUGUUUGUCAAGUUAAAUCGUUUGUCAAUGGUAUUGGUGUGGCCUAUUAUAUAUAUCAUGUUAGUCUACCAGAAUCUGUCAUCCUCAUGCUAUCGGUUCAUUUUCUUGUUAUCGUUUUCAAAAGUAUUAAAUAA